GCUAAAUGGUCGAAAUUAAGGUUAAAACGGGUUGGCCCCUUCCUGAGGGGGGUACUUGGCGACCCCAGCGACCGACUCCGUGUCUUUCUCUGUCUCCUUCUGUCUCUCUUAACGAUAUUCACCAGAUCACUGACCUUCCCGAACGUAUUAAUUCCCGUUAUGCCCUCAGAUUUAUCCUGUAUCCUCUCAUACCCUCCAGGAAAUACCUCUGGAUCUCUACGUGUACAUCGGAGCUUAAAAUUCUCAAGUCUUUUACCUCGAGACGAAGACUCGACAGAGAAGGAGAGUGCGUGCUUAACUAAGUGAGACAGAAAAAGACAGACGGUGAAAGAGAGGGAGAAAGAAAGAGAUUCAGUGUUACAGUGUGCGUGAAAAGGAGAGAGACAAAGGGGGGAUAGAGAGAAUUAGAGAUUCUGCGAAUAGCAAAAGGAAGCCAGCACAACAGUUCAAGUUGCAGACAGUGUUGGCAAUCUAGUACAAAGAAAUUAAUAUAAGCCCUACGUGAAUCGUGGGCUCCGAAGGAACCUUUCUUCUUCCCCAUUGCCGUGACUUGUACCAGGCGUGGUUAACCGAGAGAGAGGAUGUCGGUGUUAAAUCAAAGCGGCGAGGAUGCAGUCGAGUGUCCAUUGUGCAUGGAGCCAUUGGAAGUUGACGACCUGAACUUCUUUCCAUGCACCUGUGGAUAUCAGAUUUGUCGAUUCUGCUGGCAUAGGAUUCGCACCGAUGAGAAUGGCCUUUGUCCCGCGUGUAGGAAGGCCUACUCGGAGAACCCCGCCGACUUCAAACCCCUCACGAAGGAAGAAAUCGGGAGGUUGAAGGCGGAGAAGAGGCUGAAAGAUCAGCAGCGCAAGCAGCGGGUCACAGAAAAUCGUAAACAUCUGGCAAACGUGCGCGUUGUGCAAAAGAACCUCGUCUUUGUGGUCGGCCUCCCAAUGCGGUUGGCAGAUGCCGACGUGUUGAAGAGGCAUGAGUACUUUGGGAAGUUUGGAAAGAUUCAUAAGGUUGUGAUCAAUCAGAGUACUUCCUAUGCUGGAUCGCAGGGACCCAGUGCCUCAGCCUAUGUCACUUACCAGCGACAAGAGGACGCGCUGAGGGCGAUAGAGGCGGUGAACAAUAUCGUCGUUGAUGGUAGGACGGUUAAAACGUCCUUAGGCACGACGAAGUAUUGUUCGCAUUUUAUGCGUAAUCAGGCCUGUCCAAAGCCAGACUGCAUGUACCUGCACGACUUAGGAGACCAGGAAGCUUCCUUUACCAAGGAGGAGAUGCACCAGGGCAAACAUCAGGAGUAUGAAAGAAAAUUAGUGCAGUCCCUGCACGCUCACGCCUCGGCCUUACAGCGGAAACCGACACCUUCUCCACCUUCCACUGGGAGUAUCGUCCGGGAAAACGGUACUGUUAGUUCACAGUCUAAAGAGGCCUGGCCCUCGUUACAACCUGGCCAAACAAACAACACACAGCCAAAUGGCAAGGAAUCCUCACCGCCAACGCAAACCUCUACAACACAGUCAAACUCGCUGAAUGGCACUAGUGGUAGCAAUCCGGUGCAACAGAAUCACGCAACCCUGUCAUCCUCUCAGAACAACAACAACAAAGGAGAGAACAGUGCGGGCUCACAGAGACGUGGCAAGAGCAACAGUGAGAGCAAGGCACAGGCUGCCAGGAACAAGCAUAAAAACUCACAGAACAAAGAAAAACAUGGCACGAGUACGAGGACGACAUCCAGAUCGGAAUCGAGCUCGGGUCCCCAGGUCUCUUCGCAGACAACUAUUACCAAGGAAGGCAGAAAUUUUACCGGAGACACACCAAGGGAAGAACAGAUGUCAUCGUCAUCGUCGUCUUCUGCGACACAGAAAACUGCAGGACGCUGCAAACCUGAUUCCCAGUCACAAUUACAAUCACAGCAGCAGCAAAAAUCCCAAUCUGCACAGAUAAAAAAACCUGCUCCAGAAGAAGUUAAGGUGAAUGGACUUAUGGAGAAUGGCGAACGCAGCCAGUCCGAAAGCGAAGCUGAACCUCAGCGCGAAGGAAGCACACCGGCUAGUACUGUUUCCAGUUCCGAGGAUUCCAAUCCAAAUCAUAAUGGCGAACGUCUUACGGAAUCCGGCGAGGAUAAUGGUGGCAUGGCUGUGUUAGGUACGUCGCCGGCUAGCACGAACUCCUCCCAGGGUGGAAACGUUCAGCAGCCUCCUCCAGGACUGCAGUGCAAUCCGCUGGUCAACGGCUCCCAAACGCAACUCAACCAUCGGUCCAUCUUUCAGGCGGACAAUAACAGUUUCUUCAGCUCGAACAGCUUCCAGAAAAUAUCUGCGGUCGUCGCCUCGACGCCACCUACCUCUCAGACAGCAAAUCAAUCUCUCGACUGGACGAGUACGGGUUUGGCUGCCAUACCGGACUCCUUGCCGGCGGUACACUCCAGUGAGGAUUGGCAAGCGGCUUUUGGAUUCCAACCGGAGUCCACCAGGUCGAAUCACGUCGCCCGUAAGUCCAGUCCCACUGGCUCGCCUGGGGUCAAUUUCAAUGAGGAUUUCAUCGAUGGCGAGGUCUACACGAAUUCACAAUUCACCGCGAACAUCACCGGGAACACGGCCACCUUCACCUCGAGUAUUCUUGUUAAUUCGCCAGCUUCCAAGUUCAUGGCCGACUUCCAGCAGAAUUCACUCAGGCAAAGGCUUACUAUGCAGGCACAGCAGAACCAGGAAAAUUGCGAAUACAUCAAACAGAAUGGACACGCCACCCUGGACGAGGUACACAAGCAUGAGGAACCCGGCGCCGACGUUAAACCCGAGGAUGAUCUUGGUUUCGAUCCAUUCCACGAGACUCAAAAGGCACUGGCGGAACUUAUGGAGAACGAGAUUCAGUUGCAGCAGCAGAGGUUGUUUCAGCAGCAACAGCAGCAACAACGGGAACGAGAGGAGCAAAGCAGGGCGCAGCAGCAACAGGGACUUGCUGGUCUUGGUCCGCAACACUUUCCGCAGGUUGCUCACAUAGCUCACCUACAACAACAGGCGCAGCAUCUGCAAAAUCUCCAGGCGCUUCAACAAUCACAUUCGCUUCUGUCGAGGCUUCCACAGAAUCUAUUACCCCCGAGUACAGCACCUAGUGCAGCACCAGGAACGGUAACGGCGAGUAAUCUUGCCCAGCGUAGCAGGCUCCCACCGCCAGGAUUUCCGGGAUCCGCUGCGAAUCACAUGAACUCAUUUGGCUUGGGUAUACCGAGGCCUGCGCCGACGAACACUGCUCUCUCGGUUAUGUCUACAGGUAGUAAGAUAUUGCCGUUCAUGAGUCAUUCGUCGGGCGUUCUGUUCACCGGGACGCAGCCGCCCCAGCAGACGACAUAUUUGCCCAAUGGUAAUCCUCUAAUUAACGCCCCAGGGGUUGGCAAAUGCGCAGGAGAUGCUGCAGUGUACAGCCUCAAAGAUUGGUGUGACAUAAACAAUCAGCAGCAACAACAGCAGCAACAGCAACAACAAUUCCACCAUCAACCCCUUCAUCAGAAGGGUGGUUGGAAUAAUUUUGGACCGAUCGCCGACUGGACUUCGAUCGAUCCCGCCAUUGUUAGCUCCUCCAGGCCUCUGCCUUUCCAGGCUACCGGCACUUGGCAAUUUCCACAUGCUCAUCCAUCGCACACUGUCUCUCACAAUGCGCAACAGGAGCAGAACGCACCGCAGCAUUGGGCGAUGCAGCCACCUCCUGGCUUCGCUGCGCCAGCGUCCAGCGCGCAACUGAAUAGCCAACAGCCGAGCACAGCUGCACAGCCGCACACCAAACUCAUCUCUGCAGGGUCGGAAAUCGAGAAGAAUAUCAAUUGUGUCUGUGCAGACUUGUAAACGCGUAGACAAAAGUGGGAAGAGGAUUUGAAGAGUCGCCAAGCUUUCGGACGUCAGGAUUUCGAGAAGGUGGUCGUCGAAUAAAUCAAGAGAAAUGAUGAAGAAAAGAACAGCUGAAGAGCCAAAAGCUGCGAAUAGAAAGGAGAACGUAGUGAGGGACUGAAAUAAAGGCGACGAUAAGGAUGACUAAUCACUUUAUCGAAUUGUGCCCAACGACGUACGUCUUCUUCUCGUCUUCUGUAUCUCUUUACUCUCUUUCUCUCUCUCUCUCUCUCUUUUCUCCUCCAUAUCUGUAUCUAAGUGUAAUCCAACUACGAAUGGACCAAAAAACGAAUACGUGAUUAAUGAGAAUUGAAAUCGGCGCCAUGCGAUUCCACAAUGAUUUAAUGCGGCAUGGUAUACUGUCCCAACGUACUCUUCUCGAAGACGAUGUUAUUUAAUAUAUAUUAAACCAAGAGAAAAUGUCACUGUACAUCCAGAACGGUUUAGCGCCUCGUGUGUAUCCUCGCUUAAUCCUCUUUCUCUUUUCUGGAAUAUAUGGUCGAACUCCAGGAACGAGAGGACGUGCACUGUACAUCAAUGUAAUCGCCUUCGGUCCUUUGUGAAUGCUGUGGUCCAUUUACGAAGGACCGAAGGACACGUGGACACAGGAUAACUUACGGAAGCAAUUCAAUCUUUCUAGUAAGAAGCGAAAGGACUCGCGCUAAUCAGCAAUGGAGAAUUUACGUUAUACACAUAUAUAUGAGUGCAGACAUUUUAGCACCCAGAUAUAACAGAGGACACGCAUUACGGAGGACAAUCGCAGCUAGACGAGCGUGACCUCUUCAAGAACUUUGUUCUCUCUCUGGACGAUCUGGACGUUAAGGACAGUCGCAAAGACGAGAGACGAACUUUAUCCGUAUGCCAAACGAUUAAUCUGUUAUCCUUGAAAUUUCAUUUGCUCUUACAAUUACGAUUUCGCAACGCUACACAGAUAUAUUCUUCCGUUAUCAAAAAAAAAUUAAAUUAAAUUGUUCGAGGGUCACGGGAGUCACUGUGGACAGAGGAGGAUAAAACAAUGUGGGACAGAAAGAGAGAUGGGAGAGACGUGUGUCACAAAAUGAAUAGUGGCGGCAAGCGCAAAGCUUAAAGAGCUCUCCUCAUAACUCGUUAAUUAUGAACAGGCCGGCUAGGUUUGGAUAAUUCACGUCCAAGGAUUACGUCGAAGACGUUGAAUUGAAAGCCCACGAGGAGAGAAUCGCGGAUAAUGGCGAUAUACAUUUGAAAUGGGAGAGAAAGAAGCUUACAAGGAUAUAAAAGAGAAAGAUAGCGAGUGAAUAAAUAAAAUGGUUUAAUUGAUAUGUGGGAAUUAUGAUUAAAAGAAGGAAAAAUGCGAGAGAACGAAUUCGAUUAAAGCCAGCUGUGUAAAACGUAUGCGACGUGAUGAAUAAUUGCGAUUAUUAUUGAGAUGAUAUGAUGAGGACUAUGAUGAUGAUUAAUGAUGAUGAUUAUUAUUAUAUAAAAAUUCAUUGAUUUAAGGUAAUCGAGAAAUAUACGAUAUGCGAGAGCAAUGGUCGAAGCGA